AUGCGGCUGGCCAAUCCAAAGAGAGGGAAGGAGGUAGCUGCGGCUGGGGCAGCUGUUGCGGUUGCCUGGGCGUUGCUUCUGCCUGAUGUGGUUCCUCCGGAGGCGUGGGGACGGGAACUGAGUCGGUUUUUAAGGGGGGACAUCAGCUACUUGGUUGCGUGCUCCUGGCACGUAGAUAAUUGUGAGAUCAGGGAAUUCCGCCAGAAAGUCAAACCAAAGGGCAGUACGCCCAGAGGCUUUGAGUUGCUGAAGGAAACCUAUGGGUUGUCCUUUUUGUUCCAGUACUGCCCCCACGGCGUAUCCCGAGACGUCCGCAUGCAGUUGGAACGGUUUCGAGGUGCCGGGAACCUGCAAGGUUGUGUAAUCAAUGAGGCGCUGCUUCAACCUGCGCACCGCUUGG